AUGGAUUUGGACGCUAGCCUGAAAGUUGUUGGCCUGGUUGGUCGCAUACAAAUCAUCAACUUUGCAAUCUUCUGUUUGGGAUCGUCAUUAGGGGCGAUACAACUUACAAGCAUCGUCUUUACUGUCGACCAAUCCGUGGUGCAUCAAUGUAAGCCAGCGCCGGGAUUUUCGGCCAACGAAACUCGGCUUGUUUUUGAAGAAGAUGACCGACUAGUAUCGGAUGGCUGUUACAUGUACCAAUUCGACGAUGGAACACUGACAAAGAACGCAACGAAAUGUCAGUACGGCUGGGAAUAUGCUCCAGAAUUUGGAGAAAGAAGUGCAGUUACGGAUUUUGACCUCGUUUGCAACCGUGGCUAUCUUGCCAAUUUAUUGGUGUCCAUUCACUUCGCUGGUGUCCUUGUCGGUGGUUUUAUCACAGGCCAAGCUGCAGACAUGUUCGGUAGACGGGUCGUCAUCAUGGCUACUUUGCUUCUGAUGAGUGUGCUGGGCACAGCCAUCAGUUUCUCGUGGAACUUGCAGCUCCUCAUGGCUCUAAGAUUCCUUUUGGGUGUGGCAAUACCGGGGACUUGUUUAGUUAGUCACAUCCGAGUGGUGGAGAUGUUUACUCCAAAGAAACGACCACUCGCCCACAUGAUCUUCCAGCAUGCCUGGACUUUGGGUAAUGUGCUCGUCGCGCUUUUGGCGUUCUUGUUCCCCAACUGGCGAUACCUCCAGCUUUUCACGUCUCUCAUGUGUGUUCCAGCCUGUGUCAUAAUGUGGUUCUGCACAUAUGAAUCAAUUCGAUGGCUGGUUCAGAAAGGCCGGUUGGAUAAGGCAGAGGCCAUUCUCCAGAAAAUCGCCAAAUCCAAGAACAUCAAGCACGACAGAAGCUUCCUCGAGAAGCUACAAAUGGAAGGUGCGCCCACGCCUGGGAACACUGCGUUCUCCGAAACACCGACGAACGAGCACGUGACCGAUGAACGUGAGGGUCCAACUGCGGACGUGGGAGAACGUAAUGAAGGCAGGGAAAUAGGAAAUCCCACUCAGGCAAUCUGCUCUGAAGAAGAUGAUGUGACGAAAACCAAGAUUGUAAAGAAGUACACUGUGCUUGAUCUCUUCAAGACCAAAGUUCUCAUCAAACACACCUGCAUCAUUUUCUGCUUUUGGCUAAUCAUGAAUGUAUCAUACUUCGGGUUGCUCCUGUAUUCGACCAGUCUUUCCGGUAACAAAUACCUGAACUUCUUCCUAUUGGCUGUGAGUGAAGCACCGGCCUACUCCAUCGACUUCUUCAUCCUCAGAAGAUUUGGUAGGAGGAGGCCUCUAAUCAUGUUCUUCUUCACUGGGGCAGUGGCUUGUUUGCUGGUUGCUUUCCUGCCCGUGAAACCAGGAAACGGAAUAGAUCUAACAAUAUUGAUCGUUGCGUUGGUAAUGAUCGGUAAAUUCUUUUCCAACGCGACCUUUGACGUGACGCUGUUGGUUGGUGCGGAAAUAUUCCCUACGAUGUUACGAAACAUUGCAACGGGCAGCGCGUCUACAGUAGGGCGGGUCGGUGCCAUCGUGGCACCAUUCAUUGUGAAUCUGCAAGAAGUCAGGAGCUUUCUUCCCAUGCUCGUGAUUGGUUGUAUGUCGCUGGUAGCCUGCAGCCUUGUGUUCAUGCUGCCAGAGACCAAGAACAAACCACUCCCGGAGACAUAUGAAGAUGCCAGCAAGUUAUUAAAGGACUGAGGUCAAUGCACCAUGAAAUUAAGGUUCGAGAAUUACAAAUGCUAACACGUAAUAACAUAAUGAGGCAGAGUUUUUGCUAAAUUGGGAGCCGUGCUUUGUCUUUUAGUUGUAAAGUUGAAGAUGGUAUUUGCCUGAAUGAUUAUCAAGUUGUACAGAAAACAAAUAGUAUGCGCAAACUUAUAGUCGUAAGUGCUUGUACGAAUAUAGCUGAAAUUGAUAAUUGCGUUAUAAGCACAUCUUUUUUAAGGAAAAGUAAGUAAUCUAAGAUUCCUGUAAAUAUACCCCUCCGCCCUCCGGAGACAUUUUUUUUCGUCAUACGUUAUACCUUAACGAGGCAAGGUAGAUGAUAAUGAGACAUUUCAAUGUCUCCGAGCUAAUGUCACAAAUGCUAUUAAGGGGCAAUAUUUUAAUGUUGGAAAUAGGAUGAGAUCGAUUGCUCGUGGUUUAAAACACAAAUAUACUAAAAUUAGUGGGGGUAGAAUAAAAAAAAAUAGGGGCUAGCAGUCAUGACAGCUUGAACAUUUUUGUGCACUACCCUAUGGGAAUGUCAACCUAAGGUACCAUACUCGGUAAUAAUGAGACUUACAAAGGUAUUCAUACCUUUUUAUACUGAAUUUUUUUUUUCUUUUAAGCUUGACUGAAUAACAAACGCCAUUAAUA